GCUUGGCAGGGUCCCAGUGAGACUAUCACUUAUUGUCCUAGUACUAGAGCAGACCAGGUAUGUGCACAGGAAGGUGGGCAACAUGGUGCUCAUGACUCUGCUCUGUCUGCUGCUACAACUGCCUGGCUUCAGCGCCCUAAUGAGAUAUCCAUUGGCUGAGUUUUUUCAUUUUCACAGCAACCAAACAGACAUGUUUUCCUAUACUCUUCCUUCUGAUGUCGCAGUGCGGAGUCGGCCUCGUCGGUCCGCUGUGAUGCCUGAUGUCACACACUUGGAACUGCUGGUGGUGGUUGGACCUGAUGUCCAGCAACUCCACAAGCAGGAUACAGAACGUUACAUCCUCACCAACCUCAACAUAGCCUCAGAAUUGUUGAGAGACCUGAGUUUGGGUGCCAACAUGAGGGUGCACUUGGUCCGCAUGAUCAUUGUGUCAGAACCAGAGCCAGAGAUCCAAAUGUCUCCCAACAUCACUGCUUCUCUUCGAAGCGUGUGCGACUGGGGCAGGAGGAUAAAUCCAUCUAAUGACACAGACCCACUGCACGCUGACCUCCUCUUGUACAUUACAAGGUAUGACCUGAUGUUGCCUGAUGGGAACAAGCAGGUCAGGGGAGUAACACAGCUAGGAGGCGCUUGCUCCAGUGAAUGGAGCUGUGUGAUCACAGAGGACACUGGCUUUGACCUGGGGAUCACUAUCGCUCAUGAGAUUGCACACAGUUUUGGCAUCAACCAUGAUGGAGUGGGAAACACAUGCAGCAGGAGUGGCUUCAUGAUGGCCUCUGAUGGUGGUUACAACAGUGUGGAUCUGACCUGGUCCCCCUGCAGCAGACAGCAGCUGCAAACUUUCUACAGAGAAGGGAAAGCUGAGUGUGUAAAGGAUCUACCAGCCCUUGAAGGCUCCCUACAAGACUGGAAGCCUGGCCUGUAUUACGGGGUUGACGACCAGUGUCGAAUAGCUUUUGGGAGCACUGCAAGAAGCUGCUCUUUUACCAAUCCAGAUCUGCCGGUGUGUAGGGUUCUUUCCUGUCACACAGAGCCUAAUGAUGAUAGCUCCUGCAAACGUCUUCUUGUACCACUGCUGGAUGGGACCCAAUGUGCACCUAAUCAAUGGUGUCUGAAGGGACGUUGUGUGUCCCCAGACCAGCUGAGCAUCUCUGCAGUGGUGCAUGGCUCUUGGUCCAGCUGGUCUGGGUUCUCCCCCUGCUCACGGUCAUGUGGAGGGGGUGUCACUCACCGCACACGUCAGUGCAACAACCCAAGACCUGCUUUUGGAGGAAAUGGUUGUGCGGGUCUGGAUAUUGUGGCUGAACUUUGUAACCAGCAGCCAUGUCAGCGUACCCAGCUGGAUUUCAUGGCUGAGCAGUGCUCCAAAACAGAUCUCCAACCCCUUUAUCUUCAUCCAGGUCAGGCCUACUUCUACACCUGGGUCCCUGCCGUGGGCUUUUCACAAGGUGAUGAGCAAUGCAGAUACAUGUGCCAGUCAAAGGGAGAAGCCUUCAUUGUGAGCCGUGGAUCUCAGUUUGCUGACGGAACACGAUGUGAGCCCGAUGGCCAACCUCAUUCUGGCUCAACGGCUGCUUGUCUGCAAGGGAAAUGUCAGCUGUUCGGCUGUGACGGUGUACUGCGCUCUGGGAAAGUUAAGGAUGUGUGUGGUGUGUGUGGUGGGGAUGGAGCUUCCUGCAUGAUGACCUCUGACUCCUACACUGGAGGUCAGGCCAGAGAGUACACCACUUUCCUGUCUUUGCCAUUAAAUGCCACACAGGUUUACAUCGUCAACAGGUCACCUUUGUUCACUCAUAUGGCUGUAAUGUACGGAGAUCAAUAUAUUGUGUCUGGAGCGGGCAGAAUGGCGCUAAAUAUGACCCAUCCUUCACCACUGGAUGAUAACAAGGUAGAGUACCGCCUCCAUCUGACCGCUGACUUUUUGCCCAAGAUGGAAGAGCUUUUGCUGCCAGGACCAGUGCAGAGGCUGAUAAACAUCCAGGUUUAUCGCAAAUAUGGAAAAGAAUACGGAGAGAAGACAAAUCCCAACAUUAGCUACCAGUUUUAUGUGCCCAGUGCACACAGCAACUUGACAGAAAUCAAACUUAAAGGCAAAUGGAUUGUUAUUACAGCACCCUGCUCUGUUUCCUGUGGCUCAGGUGUGCAGAAGCAUCAUUACGUGUGUGUGGAUAAAGAAAGCAACACACAUCUGGAGGAACACUUAUGUGAUACACUCCCUCCGCCUUUACCGCUGCAUACAUCCUGUCAGCUCCCAGCCUGUCCACCAAGCUGGACCACAGGAAAGUUUGGACCCUGCAGUGCUUCCUGUGGUGGAGGAGAGAGAAUCCGUCCUGUAAGAUGUGUUCAGAAACAUGGUGAUGAUGUUGUGAAGGUUCUGGAUUCGGACUGUCCAGCUGAUUCAGCUCCAAAUGCUGUUGAAACAUGCAAUCUUCAACAUUGUCCUGCCAGAUGGCGUGUGUCAAAGUUAGGGGCCUGUUCAGCAGCGUGUGGGCUCGGAGAAAUGAAAAGAAGCGUGUCAUGUACAAGGCAAGAGGAUGGCCAUGAGGUUGAAGUUGAUCAAAGCUUGUGCUCAUAUCAAAUAAGACCCCCUGAAUCUGUUGCCUGUGUGGUGGACAUCUGUCCUGUUGGUUGGGAUGCACAGAGAGAGGACCAGCCUGCUGUGAAGUCUGGUUUGAUGCCACCCUCUCGACAAGCUCCUGUGUACGUGUGGAGUCCUGUUACCAGUCAGUGCUCAAAGAGCUGUGGCAAUGGAACACUGCAAGUGUGGUUCUCCUGUGUGGACCAUCAGACCACAAGGAGCUUACCUGACUUCCACUGCGAUCCUUCAACCAAACCGUUUUCUAAAUCUGAGAACUGCAACACAUCACCUUGCCCUCCCAUGUGGCGGUCUAAGACAGGAAUCUGCAGCGCAACAUGCGGAGGAGGUGUUGCCAACAGGGUGCUGUACUGUGCUAAGGAGACAGACGGUGAAGAGAAAGUGGUGGAAGAUUCUGAAUGCAGGGACUUUCCUAGACCCACAGCAGUGGUGUCAUGUAACAUCCAUGAAUGCCCAGCACGAUGGAAGGUUUUCAGCACUUCACCGUGCUCUGUGACUUGUAACCUGGGUGUAGCCCACAGGAAUGUUUCCUGUGUCCAGUUCAUCCAAGGCAGGGAGAGUGUGGUACAGGAGGACAGCUGCCAUGCAUCAGUCAAACCAGCCACCACUGUGCCCUGCCUUGUGCAGGUGUGCACUGUUAGAUGGGAUGCAAAACCAUGGAGCCAGUGUUCAGUGUCCUGUGGUUAUGGCGUGCAGUCCAGAGCGGUGUCAUGCAUGGGGCCCUCUAAGCCGGAGCCCCUCAGCCCUCUCCUUUGCAUGCACAUGCCCAAGCCCAUCACCAUCCAGGGCUGCAGUGUGGGCAGCUGCGCAGAUGUGCCACCGACCUCGAUUGUUAUUCCAGCUAUGCGUCCUGCAGUGAGGGAGGACACACACUCUUCUCCCACCCCACAGAAUUCAAUUAGAAAUUGGUACCGCAUGAGAAAUCUACCCCCAAGUCCAUCCGGCACAGUCACCACCCUGCAGUCCACCACAACAGCCAGCCCUUCACCUAAACACAAUGCGUGUGGUCAGCUCCUCUUGCAAGAGUCAGGAACAGUGGACUUGAGCGACGUUACUGGUCGCUGCACUGUUGCCAUAGGUCGACCACUGGAUGAAGUCAUUCGUGUCAAAAUUGAGUCAAGCUCCUUAAACUGCAAAAAGAGAGAGUAUGCUGUUUUUUUUGACCGCCUGGCAUUUGUGAGGAAGUGUGAUCAGGCAGCAGGGAGCGUGCUGACAACCAGAACCAAUGUACUUCUUGUUGGCCAGCAUCUGCUCACUUCUGGGAAUGGGGUUGUGUUCACCUACAGCUCGCAAAGAAACACAAAAAAGAGCCACUAUCAAGAUUGUGACAAGCAGCUGUUUUCCUCCAGCGGAGUCUUUGAGAAUCCAACAACGUCUAAUAUUAACCACACCUGUCGGGUCCUCAUCAACGCCCCUCCCUCAAUGAAGAUCCGAAUCCAAGCAGUGCACAUAGGAUUGGCCUUCAACGCUACAAACUUACAGUCUACGUACAUUAUGAUCCGGGACAAGAAUGUCUUGACAACCAACGUGUUUAAAGGCCCGCAGCUGUUUCUGUGGCGCUCCUCUGGAGCUAUGGCUGAAAUUGAAUUCCAUGGAGACUACCUGCACACUGCAGGGAGCUUUAGGGCGGAAUAUUCCUUUGUACAACUUUGAGCUUUUUGAUGCCUUAACAAAUAUUUCUUUUAAAAUAAACUAUAUUUGGUCUAUCAAACAUAGCUGUUGCUGUGUAUCAAACAAAAAUAGAAAUGUGAUAUAAUAGACUUAUGUUACAUUUAAUAAGUAUACUUUGCAAUUUUUGUUCAUGUAGUGUUUUAUAUAUGCGUUCAACACCAUGUAACAAAAUAUAGAUUUCCCAUCAACAAGAUGUGUUUCAUUUCAAAGUCCUUGCAACUUGAAACUUUACACACAGCAGUAGUAGUUACACCAACACUCUCAGUGCAUUGCAGGUCCAUGUCAAUGAGGCAUACUUGGCACAACUUUGGUGCUGGUUGAUUUCCAGUUUCCAUAUAAAACACCCGGAACUUGUGAGAUCACUGCUUGGCUGUAGCUGUGUCUUCCAGAAGAGCUCUCAUGUCCAACAGUGCACCAUUUACAGUUUGUGCAAACUUGGCUGCAUUUGUCUCCUCACAGCUGUUGAAGGCCGUGAUAGCGAUGUUGAUGUGCUCAUCCAUGGGAUUGUAACACACUCCAUAGCCAUCUGGCACCAUUGGACCAAAGCACAUCACACAGUCGGUCUUGGAACCAACCUGGAACCGACACACACGGAUGAGGAAUCACGCACAAGUACAAAAAGCUAGACUUGACAAUUUCCUCAAAAAAUUGGGUCUGAAUGCUGAGAGAUGCUAAUAUCGAGCUGAAAUGCUUGACAAGGAAAUUAAUCAAGGACUCUACAGUUGGUUAAUACAUCACAGCAUGCUAUAGCAACCUACAGAUGCAAUACAAAUAUUCUAAUAACGCUCACAGAAUCCACUCAGAAGCACAAGACG